CUUGGGACAGAGACACGAAAAACAUGAACUUUCACGACGCAGCAAGAUAUUUCGCCUUCAACAUCUUCCAGCAGUCAUACACUGCUCAGCCGAAUCAGAACUCCAGCCUUUCUCCGAAUGCCAUCCAAUCGGCGCUCGCCAUUUUGUUCCUGCAGGCCAAUCCGGAAGCGGCUGAUGAAAUGCGCCAGCUGUUGGGACUUUCACAAAACACCGAAAAAGUGGCCAUGGAUUUGGAGGCCUUUGUGAUGAACUUCAACGACGCCUACCUGGGAGUGGCUUCGAACCUGGUCUACUCGAAGGACAUUGAUUUUCGGACCGAUCUGCUAGAGACACUGCGCCGAUGGUACAAAAUGUCCCCGGAAGCCGUUGAUUUCAGCCAAGGUCAGCAGGUGCUGGACUGUGCCAAAGCCUGGACCAACAAGGUGACCAAUGGACAGAUCAAGCGAUGUUUGAAACCUAAGAAAGUAUACAAGGGUGAGAGUAUGAUUCUGCUGAGCACCUUCACGAUGAAAGCAUCCUGGAAGCUACCCUACAUCAAGGAAUCCUCCGGAAAGGUGAAGUUUCAUUACGAGAACGGUGAUCACGAGAUAGAGAUGAUGAACAUCCGUGAUUGGUUUUCGUACGCCAAGUGUGACGGGUUCCAUUUCGUGGAGAUUCCGUAUGCCAACAACACCGACCUCGAAAUGUUGGUCAUCAUGCCCCUAGAUGGACAGCCCCUAAAGCAGAUCAUUCCCAAACUGACGGCUUCCUGGUAUCGGGAUCUGCAGAGUAUCAUGGGCUCCCGGAAGCUGAACCUCCACAUGCCCAAGUUCUUCAUCAACGCCCAGGUGCCGAUAAAAACCAUCCUGGAGGGUAUGAACGUUCCGGAGAUGUUCAAACCUGGUGCGUUUAACGUGUCGACCACAACACCGGCCCAGCUAACCGACAUCAGACAAUGCGUUCGGCUUGAGUUCAAAGAGCUGGCCAAGAAGUGCUCCGACGGUAACAAUCCCCGCGAAAUCAUCUGCAAAAAGUCGGAGUUCCUCGUCGAUCGACCGUUUGUCUACUUGAUCCGGAAGCAGUCGACCAAGGAUAUCAUGUUUAUCGGUCACUAUUCGUACUAUGAGACGGUGGCUACGGUGACGACCCCGGUCCAAGCUCAAGCUGCCAAAUGAUGGCCGCCAAACGGAUAGACGGAUUUUAAAUUUAGAUAAUUACUUGUAGCGCGUGUCGAUCAAUCUCCUCAGAGUGUCGAUGAGAGAUUGCGUCGUGCUGCACAUGGUUGGUUGUAAACUGUUUUAUUUUUAGAAUACUAGGAAUACAUACAUCGAUUGAUUAGGUGGCAAUGCUGCAAACUGUUGCCUUCAGGAUUAGAACGUUA